AUGAUUCUUGAGUCUGAUUCCCAAGUGCUUGUCCAUGCACUCAAUUCUGGUGAAUAUGAACGAGCGCUGAUCGGUGUCCUCCUACAGGAGACGCGAAGUAUCUGCCAUGCGAACUUUGAAUCAUUUAGUUUCAGUUUCUGUAACCGAAAUUGUAAUAAGGCAGCACAUGAGUUAGCUGUUUUUGGUUUCAGAUCGGGAGCUGCUGAUCUGUCGUGGAUCGAGUAUGCCCCAGACUUUGUUUCUGUUCUGGUUGCCAGCGAUAUUGCUGAGCCAGUUUAG